AUGGUCGGUGUGCCUCGAAGUAGUGGAUGCUCCACCUGUGUGAAGCGCCGAGUUAAAUGUGACGAAAGAGCCCCUGGUUGUGUCAAAUGCGAAAAGUAUGGCAAGCCAUGUCCAGGGUACAAGAGAGAAUUGAAAUUUGUUGCCGGUAAGCCCUACCGGAGUCGGCGAGUGCGUCUGCAUGGCAGUGACAGCACUCAUGGAAAGGGCUCGGGAACUGCCAGUCCAACCAUAGGAAGCGACUGCCCAUCCUCAAUCCAAGAGGUACUUCUGACAGAGAGACCAUCUACACUCAUAUCUGCCGACUUGAAUGUCUUGCAAUUAUUGGGUUCUCUGAUUGUAGACUUCUCUCAGCCUGUAUCAUCCAACCAGAAUCAAAUUAUCCAUUGGUUUGGCUUCCUUCCGUCUAUCUACGGCCUUAACCAGACGUUGGAUGCAACAAUCAAGUCUUUUGUCGCGCAUCAUUACGGAAAAGCCUUUCAAGAUGAGCAGAUGAUUGUCUACGCCAGAUCUGCUUAUGGAGAAGCCCUACAUCGGCUUCGUAAGGCUUUGACAAGUCCUUCAGAAUGCUUUUCAACAUACAUAUUUUGUGCGGUUGUGCUGUUAUGCAUAUACGAGCUCUUUACAGAUAAUGAAAACCCCGAGUCUUGGAUGAAGCACGCUAAGGGGCUCGGCCAGUUGAUCAAAAUCAGGGGUCCUGACCGAUAUCGCAAUCAGCUCGACAUUACAUUACUCAAGGCCUCUCGUGGACUAGUAGUUAUGCAUUCGAUGUUCUCUGGAGAGCAAUGCUUCCUGGCCUCCGAGGAAUGGCACCAUAUGAUGCAGCAACAAUACACAUCAGAUAUGCAGAUCGACCUUCAUAACAGCAUCGAACAAUUCGUCGCUUAUUUCACUUACGCACCUAGCCUCGUUCACAUGUUCUACAGCUUGAAAGAGGUAGACUUGUCGACUCCCAAGGCUCAACGGACUAUUUUAGCCACUCUCACACAAGCCCUUGACAUGCAAAGCAAGUUGGCUGUCUGGUAUGAGCAGUACUCCCAAAUCGCCCCGCCCCCAGUCGAGACACCCUCCUCUACAGAAGAUGAGGUAUAUCCUGCCAUCUUGGUGUAUGAGGAGAUGCUUCACGCCACAAUAUAUUGCGGGUACUUCGCAUACAUGGCGAUCAUACAUGAGGUCCUCAAGACAUUUGGCCAUGCCGGCCCUCACGAGUCCAUGGUAAUUUACUUUUGCGAUCAAAUUUGCAAAUCGGUCGAAUAUAGUGGCGUUGGCGUUCUUGGCCCGUUCCGACUGGGAUUUCCCUUGCGGGUGGCGUAUGAAGUCAGUGGUCCCCUCACAAGAUCAUGGAUCCUGACACGGCUGGAAUCAUUCUCGAAGGUAUACGCCGCCGCUCGACCAGAGAAUUACGAGGCUAUUAAGUGA